GAGGAGGAGGAAGGAAAGAAAGAAAGGGAGAGGGAAAGAGGAGGAAGAAGAUGCAAGAGGGCAGAGGAGGAGGGAGGGAGGUAAAGGGAGUGGAGCUCUGCCCGGAAGCUAGGUGAGUUAGGCAUCCCAGCCGAGGGAAGGGAGCCUGCCACACUGCUGCUGAUCCCGGCUGUCUCGCCUUUCUCCCUGAUGGGAUUCCCGUCGGCGCCUUCUCGAGCCUGCUGCGCCCCAGUUCCCGGCCCUCGCCCAGGUUCACUGCAGCCGUUCAGAGGUCUCCAGGAACUGCAACUGGGGAGCCCGCUACCGCAGGGACCUAUGGAGCCAUUCUGUAGUGCCAUCCAGAGCAACGCACUGCCGCAGCUCCUCUGAGCCUUUCCAGCAAGUUUGUUCAAGAUUGGCUGUCAAGAAUCAUGGACUGUUAUUAUAUGCCUUGUUUUCUGUCAGUGAGUAGACACCUCUUCCUUCCCUCUUCCCGGGAAUUCACUCUGCCCUCCCCACCCGUGCUCGCCUUGUGUCCCUCCCGUCGGACCUGCCUUCCAGAGUCCACACUCCGCUUUCUGGCAGCGCUGUCGCUUUCUUCUUGGCGCCGCAGCCGCUGCGCUCUGAGCGUACCGGUUCUAUUUAAAGUGCUGCUUGCUCCACUCUCUUCCUGAUCUGUGCGUUGCAAGGAAGGAGAGCGAAAGGGGGCAAAAAAGAAAAGUCCGCAGCCAGGGGUGCUUACCAUCCCCUUCUCCCACUUGACUGCGGAUCACCCAGUGCCCCCGUGGCAUAUUCCCAGCUGCUUGUCAAACUCAGACGUCGCUCUUGGAAUCAUCCCCCCCACACACCCUUCUCUGGGAGUGAGUGAGCGGGCUCAAUCAAACGCUUUUUGCUGGGCAUUUCAAAUUCAUCAGCCCCCGUAAAAUAAACCUUCCAGACCCAGCCGCCGGGUGUCUUCGCCCUGCCCCUGCUUCUCUGUUUUCCCUCCCUCCUGCUCCGAACCAGCUGGAAGUUGUGGAAGUCGGCUCGGAGGGCGGAGGAAGAAGGGGGGUGGAGGAAGGGGGGGGAGAGACUGAAGGUCUGAAGUGGAGAGUAGAGAGAUGGUAUUUUAAUUCUCCCUCCCCCAUCCUUUUUUACCUCCUCAAUGUUAACUGUUUAUCCUUGAAAAAGCCAAGCUGAGAUCAUGGCUCAGAUAGCAGUUGGGACAAAAAAAGAUUAACAGGAUGGAGGCUAUCUGAUUUGGGGUUAUUUGACUGUAAACAAGUUAGACCAAGUAAUUACAGGGCAAUUCCUACUUUCAGGCCGCGCAUGGCUGCAGCUGGUGGUGGGGUGUGUGUGAGGGGGAAGACACAAACUUGAUCUUUCUGACCUGUUUUACAUCUUGACCCUCUCUGUCUAGCCCUGUAUGAGUUUGCUGAGACAUCUCUAUUUUUCUCUAGUUAUUGGUGUUUAUUUAUUCUUUAACCUUCCACCUCCUCCCCCUCCCUAGAGACACCAUGAUUCCUGGUAACCGAAUGCUGAUGGUCGUUUUAUUAUGCCAAGUCCUGCUAGGAGGCGCGAGCCAUGCUAGUUUGAUACCUGAGACGGGGAAGAAAAAAGUCGCCGAGAUUCAGGGCCACGCGGGAGGACGCCGCUCAGGGCAGAGCCAUGAGCUCCUUCGGGACUUCGAGGCUACACUUCUGCAGAUGUUCGGGCUGCGUCGCCGCCCGCAGCCUAGCAAGAGCGCCGUCAUCCCAGAUUACAUGCGGGAUCUUUACCGGCUUCAGUCUGGAGAGGAGGAGGAGGAAGAGCAGACCCACAGCGUUGGUCUCGAGUAUCCCGAGCGCCCUGCCAGUCGGGCCAACACCGUGAGAAGCUUCCACCACGAAGAACAUCUGGAGAACAUCCCAGGGACCAGCGAAAACUCUGCUUUUCGUUUCCUCUUUAACCUCAGCAGCAUCCCAGAGAACGAGGUGAUCUCAUCCGCAGAGCUUCGACUCUUCCGGGAGCAGGUGGACCAGGGCCCUGACUGGGAGCAGGGCUUCCAUCGUAUAAACAUUUAUGAGGUUAUGAAGCCCCCACCAGAAGUGGUGCCUGGACACCUCAUCACACGACUACUGGACACGAGACUGGUCCACCACAAUGUGACACGGUGGGAAACUUUUGAUGUGAGCCCUGCGGUCCUUCGCUGGACCCGGGAGAAGCAGCCAAACUAUGGGCUGGCCAUUGAGGUGACCCACCUCCAUCAGACACGGACCCACCAGGGCCAGCAUGUCAGGAUUAGCCGAUCGUUACCUCAAGGGAGUGGGGACUGGGCCCAGCUCCGGCCCCUCCUGGUCACAUUUGGCCAUGAUGGCCGGGGACAUGCCUUGACCCGACGCCGGAGGGCCAAGCGUAGCCCCAAGCAUCACCCACAGAGGGCUCGGAAGAAGAAUAAGAACUGCCGGCGCCACUCGCUCUAUGUGGACUUCAGUGACGUGGGCUGGAAUGACUGGAUUGUGGCUCCACCAGGCUACCAGGCCUUCUACUGCCAUGGGGACUGCCCCUUUCCACUGGCUGACCACCUCAACUCAACCAAUCAUGCCAUCGUUCAGACCCUGGUCAACUCUGUUAAUUCCAGUAUCCCCAAAGCCUGUUGUGUUCCCACCGAACUGAGUGCCAUCUCCAUGCUAUACCUGGAUGAGUAUGACAAGGUGGUACUGAAAAAUUAUCAGGAGAUGGUAGUAGAGGGAUGUGGUUGCCGCUGAAUCAGGCCUUCCGUGGGGAGAGACAGACAGACACACACACACACACACCCCAUCCACUACUCACUCACACACUACACAGACCGCUUCCUUAUAGCUGGACUUUUAUCUUUAAGAAAAAAAAAAAAAAAAGGAAAAAACCCUAAACAUUCACCUUGACCUUAUUUAUGACUUUAUGUGCAAAUGUUUUGACCAUAUUGAUCAUAUAUUUUGACAAAAUAUAUUUAUAACUACAUAUUAAAAAAUAAAAUGAGUCAUUAUUUUAAAGGUAAA